AUGAACCCUCGCUACGAUCUCGUAUCUCCUCGGGCCGAACAACUCGUCUCCAAGGGCAAGCUCACACAAGAGCAAUUGGACCAGUUGCGCCGUAUCCAGGCUGCUCACUCGAACUCGAUGGAGCAUUACACUGUUUUCACAGCUGCGGUCCUGUGUUCGAUGGUCGCAAAGUUGGACAGUGGUAUGCUCAACAGGUACGCCACCAUCUACACCUUGGUGAGAGCUGCAUACUUCUUGGUCUACAGACAAAACACGACCAGACAAGCUGCUGGUAUCAGAAGUGUGCUGUGGUGGGCUGGAAACAUUGUCUGCAUUCGCCUUUUCUGGUUCGCCGGAAAGGCUUUGAACGCACAUGUUCUGUAG